AUGGGAACCGCAAUCUCCAUCCACCACGGCCCUUACGGGCCUCAAAUUCCUCCGCUGAUUGAUGCCAGCCUAGACUCCAUCUUCUCAGACAAAAACCGCAUAAACCCAUACUUCACCCCCAACGCCACAAUUUUCAUCGGCAGCAGCCCCCCAACAGAAGCAAGCCAAGCCGUCCCUCUCCUCGAAGUCCGCAGUCGCCACCUCUCCAAAUUCCGCCACUAG